AGCAAGCAAGUAUCAGAACGACAGUUGAAGUGCUGAGGUCCGGACGUGUUUCAGUUGCACAUUUGCCAAUUGCCAGACAACAUAUUUAUUUCAACAAAAAAUAUUUGUUUGUGCUAGAAAAAUUCUUUAAAUGUCCUGUUUCAAAAUCAGAAAUCUGAUCGGAGAGACACGACGUUACAAUCAGCAUUAACAACUUGUCCUAAUAGCUUUCAACAAAAAUACAGAACAGUGUGUAUGUUUUUGUAGUUUUAUUCGAAAAGCACAGAUUAAAAUAAUUAAAGAGGGUCGGGCUUCGCGAACGUCUCUUUUAAUCUACUCCGGGAGCCAAAAAUACUGCAUACUUACAUAUAUAUGCGAAUGCUGCUCAACGUGUAAAACCAACAAAUACCGAUAAUGGGGUUGGAGUUCUUCUUCAAAUUCGGCUAUGCCUUCCUCAUCAUAACACUUAUGAUAAUGAUAUGGAUGUCCUUGGCGCGCGCCUCGAUGCAUAUGUACGAAAUGGACGAUUCACGCAAUCCACCAUGUACACAAAACGCACUUUGCACGUGUUCGAAAUCGGCGCCGGAUCUAGGUAUAGUUCAUUGCAAAGAUGUGCCAUUUCCGGCGUUACCUAAAAUGGUGAACGAAUCGAAGGUUUUUUCGCUACACAUGGAAAACACCGGUUUGCGUGAAAUUGAAUCAUAUUUCUUGCAAUCGACAGGCAUGUAUCGUUUGAAAAUAAGUGGCAAUCAUUUGACGGAAAUACCCGACGAUGCAUUCACCGGGUUAGAACGGUCACUUUGGGAGCUAUUGCUACCCCAAAAUGAUCUCGUUGAGAUACCUUCAAAAUCAAUAAGGCAUCUUCAGAAGUUGCGUCAUCUCGAUUUGGGAAACAACCACAUCACCCAUGUACAGCACGACUCCUUUCGUGGCCUUGAGGACUCACUGCAAUGGUUGAUUUUACGAGAUAAUUGUAUAUCCAUGCUGAUGGCACAUAGCUUCUCGGGCUUACUCAUAUUGGAAACAUUGGAUUUGAGUGGCAACAAUUUGUUUGAAAUUGAUCCUAAUGUCUUUGUUGAUGGAAUGCCGCGGUUAACCAAGCUAUUACUGACCGACAAUAUUCUUUCCGAGAUACCAUAUGAUGCGCUUGGUCCUUUGAAAAGUUUGCGUACUCUGGACAUAUCUCAUAAUGUGAUAUGGUCCUUGAGUGGCAACGAUACAUACGACAUAAAAUCCACCACAAAGCUUAAUUUGGACAAUUUGCAUUUAGAAUACAAUAACAUUGAUAUGUUGCCACCAAAUUCUUUCAAGAACUUCGAUAUUGUGAACAGAACCUUUUUCGAUGGUAAUCCCAUACACACUCUUAGGGAGGACGCCUUCAAACCGGCCAAAAUAAGAGAGAUAUAUAUGCGCUACUGCGGCCUGACUAACAUAUCGCCGCUGGCUUUCGACAGUUUAGUGAACAGCUUGCAGAUCCUGGAUCUGUCGGGCAACAAUUUAACGCACUUACAUCACAAAUUAUUUAACAAUUUCGAUGUGCUAAGAGUUAUUAGCUUGCGGGACAACAAGAUCAAAAUCGAGCAACCGCUGGAGACUUUCAACGCCAUGCAGUACACCCUACUCAAAUUGGAUUUAAGCGGAGAUAAGAACGACCCAACAAAUCUUCAGACUCUACGCAAUAUGACCAGAAUGCGGAAUAUGCGUUCGUUGUCAAUGUCGCGUAUGGGUAGUGCCACAACAAUAGGUCCGGAUGAUUUCAAGGAUUUCGGUGUAGAGCUGGAGGAUUUACAAAUCACUCGCGCCACACUCGCGACCAUACAAUCGCAUGCCUUUAAACAUGUACGCGGCCUUAAGCAUUUGGAUUUUAGCGAGAAUGGUAUACAAACAAUUGAAAACGACGCAUUUCACGAGAUUGGUCACUCACUGAUAUCAUUAAAAAUCUCGCAUGGUUUCACUGGCACGGCGCUGCCGGCCGAUCCGUUGCGGCACUUGACGUCACUGCAAGAAUUGGAUUUUAGUAACAACAAAAUCACCAGCAUGAGCGAUACCAGUUUCCACUUCUUGAAAAAUCUACGGCUGCUGGAACUGCACGACAAUCGAAUCGAGCAAGUCAUGAAGGGCACAUUUCAAGGUGACAUCCAUUCCAAAUUGGAGGAGAUAUCGCUACGCUUCAAUCAUCUAACCCAAGUGUCGCAACAUACUUUCUUUGACCUGGAGGCUUUGAGGAAACUACAUUUGGACGACAACAAGAUUGAACGUGUCGAACGAAGAGCUUUUAUGAAUUUGGAUGAGCUGGAACAUCUUAGUUUGCGCGGCAAUAAACUAAAUAAUUUAGCUGACGAAUCGUUCCAGAAUUUACCCAAAUUGGAAAUUCUCGAUAUGGCUUUCAAUAAUUUACCGAAUUUCAACUUCGACUAUUUUGACCAAGUGGGUACUUUAUCCACUCUAAAUGUAAAUGUGAGCCAUAACCAAAUCAGAAUGUUAAUGUAUAAUAGUUCGUGGGCAGGGCGAACUGAUCACGGUUCAAUGCACCAUUCAAAUAUAAAGUUAUUGGAUUUGUCACACAACAACAUAUCUCUAAUACAUCCAGGCUACUUCCGGCCGGCGGAGAUUUCAUUGACCCACCUAUACAUGGGCUAUAAUUCACUGAUGAAUGCAACGCGUGAUGUGUUCGGUAACAUGCCGCAUUUGCAAUGGCUGGACCUGUCUUAUAAUCGUAUACGCGAGCUGGAUUUUGAUGCGUUUAAGAAUACCAAGCAGCUGCAGUUAAUUUAUUUGGAUCACAAUUACUUAACGGACAUACCCCAGGACAUUUUCAAACCCAUCUAUGCUUUGCGCGUUAUUGAUCUGUCACAUAACAAUUUACGUGGUUUGCCCGACAAUCUUUUCUAUAACGGCGGCAUGGAAAAGAUGGACGUUUCGCACAAUAUGUUGCUCAAAAUACCCUCAUCAUCCCUGUCCAGCUUGGCCGCUUUGACCCUUUGUGAACUGCACUUAUCCAAUAACUUCAUUUCAACUAUACACAGCAUGGACUUAUCCAAUAAGUUUAGGUCUUUGCGCUUUUUGGACAUAUCUUACAAUUACUUGCUGCGGAUAGACGACGCAGUUUUCGCCACAAUGCCUCGACUCGCUUCGCUUGACCUCUCACACAAUCGUGAUCUCAAAGUGAUGGACAAGUCGUUUAUGGGCCUGGAGAAUUCACUCAUCAAAUUAGGAAUGGAGAAUGUUUCUUUGAGCACUAUUCCCGAGAUACGCUUAAAGUACUUGCGUGAACUGCGCUUGGGUUAUAACGAACUGCCAUCGAUACCGCAAGAAUUGGCCUUCAACAUGAGUAAUUUACGUAUGUUAGAUUUGUCCAAUAAUGACUUGACUAAUGUACCGCUAAUGACACAAUCACUGCCACAUUUAAGGAAAUUGAUGCUCUCGGGCAACCCAAUCACCUCGCUUAAUAACAAUAGUUUCGACGGUGUCAACGAGGAUUUGGAAAUGUUGGACAUCUCCAAUUUUCGUUUGCAUUACUUCGAAUAUGGUUGUUUAGAUUCAUUGCCACAUCUGCGCUCGCUCAAACUUACCGCUUACUCGCAUUUGGAACACUUCAAUAUACCUCAUUUGUUGCGGCACCAUCAUAAUAUACGUGAACUUUGGAUUGAAGCUCCGCAACCGUUCACUCGAAUCAUAAAGAAAGGCUCGGGCCCGAAUCAGGACAUUCAACAGGUGCAGAUGGGUCAACCCACUGAUUUGGCGCGUGAAAUGGAAGGUCAUUUACCAGCCAAAUUGACGAAUAUAACUUUCAGUGGUCCGCAGUUUAGUAGUCUCAAUGAACGUAUUUUGAAGGGAAUGAGGUCGCCGUAUAUAUAUAUGCAACUCUUUAAUACUACACUGAAGGAGAUACCGACCAAUUUCUUCAAACAUAUGGGACGGGUCCGCAAUAUAUCGCUGGAUAUACGCUACAACAAUCGUAUGUUGAAAAAGAUACCAAAUCCCAAUACAGGGAAUGUACCUUUUCUGCCGAACAGCGUUUUCCUCACCGAACUGAAAAUGUCCGAUUCCGAUUUGAACUGCGAUUGUGACUUGGGAUGGGUAGAGUUUUGGCAGCGCAAACGAAGACAGUACAUUUGCUCAUCACAAACGUGGACCGAUGCUGUAUUCAGAACUUUCAUGAAUUCACCUUGCCAAGUGUAUGGACGGCACAAUUGCGAUGAUCACGAUGAUGAUCUGCGUGAGACCCGAUGUGAUAAUAAAGGCGGACAGCAGUUAAUGGAAGCGCUGAAAUUCGAUUUGGAAUGUGGAUGGGAUAAUGCAGGUUGUCGCGAAACGUUCAUUCUGCUAAUCACAGCCUUACUAAUGAUCGUUUUCUGGAUGUGACUGUUGAGAUGCGCAUUCAAAGUGUCGGCAGAUUUUUACAAAACCUUAGAGAAGGUAUACGGAGACAGUCCGCUAUAAAGAGCAAUUUUGCAAAUGUUGUUAAGUAAAGAGAUAUCAAAGUAGAAAGAGUUAAAGCGAAAAGAGGAUGGAAAGAAUAGAGAACAAGUGUGCUACCCGAAGAAACCCAAAAUAAAGUACAAUUCCCAGACCUCAGCUGAAAUUGGAUUCGUAGAUUUUUAGAAAUAUUGCAUUUGUAUGUUUGUUUUGUAGUUCAACCGAUAAUUGAAUGUGCUGGAUUAACUUAUACAAUUUGGAAUUAUUUUGAACAUAUUUUAGUUUCAUCAUUUUUUAAUAAUUUUUUGUAUAUUAUAUUGGUAAGGAAAAAAUUGCGGUAAUGAAAAUUUAAGGCACUUAAACAUAAGUAUAUAAUACUUAAAUAUAGUAUAAUAGAAUUGAAAUUUACUUUUAGCACUAAUGGAUAUAAGUUUUCUAUUUUGUUUUUAACCUUCCUAAGCUUCCCUGUUUUUAUCACUUCAGUUCACGCUUUGCUUGAAUAAUUUUAAAAUCAUUAUUUAUAAAUGUUUUCGUAUUUAAAAUAAAUAUUUAAACAAAACUAUUUUGGUUUUUUCUUUGUUCGUGCCAAAUUUCGUGAACGUAUCUUACAAAAAAAAAAAAA